UUCUGUACAGUUCUUACAAUAAUUGGCAUGCUUUCUGUUUGUUUAGAUAUUAUUUGAUAUUUUCUUCACUCAUUAAUACAAUAAAUUUAAAAUUAGCCACGUACCUUUUGAAAUAACGUAAAGCAUGGGUCGAAAAAUUCCAGCCAAAAAACACCGUGGUGUUAAAGAUCCUUUGCUUCAACAUGCUCGUCGAAUGCAAGGUUUAAAAAAUAAAAUAAAUGCACCACCUAAAGAUCCUGAUGACCAACCUGUUCCCCAUUCUCUGACUCGGCUGUUUGCAUUUCAAAAUAAGGAUAAAGAAACUAGAAUUAAGGAUGUAAAGAAGAUCCAAAAAAGGAAGUUGAAAGAUGAAUAUAGUGGGUCAGGUAAAGAUAAAAACCCCAUAACUCAGCUAAAGAAACUUCCGGGUGAGAGUGGCAGAGGGUUCUCUCUUCGAAUAAACAGUGCAAUCCGAGCUCUACACGACCCAAUAAAUCAAGAUGACUACCCCCAAGAUUUGGAAGAAGAUGAUUCCAAAGGCGAACGAAUGAUGGCAUUGCGGGAACGCAGGCAGCGGAAACAUAGAAAGAAAAACGCUAAAACAGAUGAUGAAGAGCCUAAACUGACUCGCGGACAAAAACUAUCAUUGAAGAAAAAGACAAAGUUACUGAAAGCUAAGGAGGAAGAAGCUAUAAAAGAAGUGACAUAUGAUAAAGUGGAGUUUGGUGAAGUGACUCACGCGCCACCAACAUUUACAGUUCGACCUAAAAUGAGAGGACAGAACUUGAUGCAGGAUGGAGCGCCAAGGCCUGGGCGAAAGGAUUUACUGUUGACUUCCAUGUUGAGUGGCAAGACAAGUAAGAAGGAUGCAAAUAUCAAUGCAGCGGAUUUGGCAAGAAGAGAACGCGCUAGGUUGGAUGUAGUUGCUGCCUACAGAGAACUGAAGAAACAGAAGAGAGAAGAAAGUAAAAAUAAAAUGAAAUAAUACGUUUAUAAUAUUGUUAAUCUAAGUAUAAAUAAAUAUUAUUGUGUA